ACGACCGUUACGCCAACGUCUCCUUCCCCACUUUCGUCUCCCCCUUUUUCAAAAUUUUUUGAAAUUCAAUCCUCCGACAAAGGAAAGGCAAAUCGAAGACAGAAUUCAAUUCAUUCGGAUUCCGUUUCAUCAUCAUCGAUUCCCCUCGCCCUCUGCCUUUUGCAUCUCGCUUUCCCUCUAUCCAUCCUUCUUCUCUCUCUCUGCCUGUCAAAUUCCUCACUCCCCCUUCAGAGAUGGCGCUUCAACCCAUCGAUAAUGCACUCCCGUUGGUCCCGCCUGAGAGGCCGAAUAAGCAAGCGAAGGUCGCGGUCCCGAUGGCUAAGAAGCAGCAGCCCGACCUCGGAGCAGUGAACGAUGAGAACCAAGCUCCAUUCCCUCCUCUUCCAUCCUCUGGAGACGCCGUCAUCGACUACAUCCCUUCCGAAGAACUCACUGCGUUACCACACCCGGGAUCGAAGAUCCAGAGCUUGAUGGAGGGGCUGGAAUCGAAAGAUUGGACGACUAUAUGUGAGUGGCUGAACACUGCCAGGCGGUUCGCUCUGUUUCACGCCGAUCUCAUGAUCCCUAUGCUGGAAAGGGUUGUUCUGGUUCUGGUGAAGGCGAUGAAGAAUCCGAGGAGCGCCCUGUGUAAGACCUCCAUUAUGGCUUCGUCGGAUAUGUUCAAGGCCUAUGGUGACAAGCUGCUGCUGGAGGGAACCGACUCUGAUGCUUUCAACCAACUGCUUCUGCAGCUGCUGUUCAAAGCUUCUCAAGACAAGAAAUUCGUUUGUAAAGAAGCAGGCAAAGCCCUCAACUCCAUGGUGGCUUCGCUUACCCCUCUGCCCCUUCUUCACAGGCUCCGGGGUUACGUAACCCACUCCAACCUCCGAGUCCGGGCAAAGGCUGCUGUGUCCAUCUCCAGUUGUGUCUCAAAACUGGGACUAGAGAGAAUGAAAGAGUUUGGGUUGGGCACGCUGAUUGAAAUGGCAGCGGAUUUGCUGAAUGACAAGCUGCCCGAGGCAAGGGAGGCUGCAAGAAGCACCGUGGUUUCGAUAUACAGGGCUAUCACAGAAGACGAGGAGGAGGAGGAGCAAAAGCAGGAGUCGUGGCAUAAGUUUUGCGAAGGAUCUCUGCCUCCGAAGCACAUCCACUCCAUCACAAAAAUCGUUGCUUCCCAGUAGAGCAAUGCAUUGCCAGGUUAUGUAGAAGAUUGAAGAUGAAUUACGGAUUAGAAACACCAAUAUCACAAAAAUCAUUGCUUCCCUACCAGUAGAGCAAUGCAUUGGCAGGGCUAUGUGGAGGUUGAAGACGAAUUACGGAUUGGAAAAUAAUAUCAUGUAAAAUGCCCAUUUACAUGGUUAUGAUGGAUGAAGUAGUUAAAGUUUGAGUUUUAAUUCUUUUGUGCAUCAUUUGUUGUUAUAAUAACAUUGAACGAGUGAAUUGAAAUAUUUGCUGCUGAAA